AUGACCACCCAGCCUGACAUCUGGACUGAGCUAAAGGAGCAAAGAGACAUGCUGGUCCAACAGAGAUUGGAGGUGAGGAACAUGGGGUCCAGAGUGACAGCCAGUGAGAGCCAGGGGGAGGAGCUGAAGAGACAGGUGAAGGCGCUGAAGAGUGAAAACACAUGUAAUGAAAGAAUGACAUACCGUGAGCGCCAAAAGUAUUGGGACUGUGGAAAUGUUUUUGUUGUUUGUACUCCAGCACUUUGGAUUUGAAAUGAUACAAUGACUACAAACUAUUAAAAGCUAUCUAUAAAAAGCUGAGACUCUCACGAACACGCACGUUUUGCUCUAUGACACUUACAAGCUACACAAGAGUCGUUAGAAGGUAAGGGGUUCUUCUACAUAGAAGAUCAUAGGAAAACCCAGGACAUAGUGUCUAUAAUACUGAGUCAUUAGAAGGUAAGGGGUUCUUCUACAUAGAAGAUCAUAGGAAAACCCAGGACAUAGUGUCUAUAAUACUGAGUCAUUAGAAGGUAAGGGGUUCUUCUACAUAGAAGAUCAUAGGAAAACCCAGGACAUAGUGUCUAUAAUACUGAGUCAUUAGAAGGUAAGAGGUUCUUCUCUGUAGAAGAUCAUAGGAAAACCCAGGACAUAGUGUCUAUAAUACUGAGUCAUCAUAUUCAUUUCCCAGUGAGCAAACCAUUUCUGUACUUCAUAUAACUUCAUUUUUAUCAGGUUUUUGCUUUGGCGGACAUAAUUUUUUUAUUUACAUUUGUCAAUAAAACUCAUGAAUACAACUGUUUGUCAUAUUGUGUUGUGUCACUUGUAGCCCUGGUUGUCCUGAAAAGAACAUGGUAAAACACUUAAUUGGGAGUCUAAAUACACUGAGUGUACAAAACGUUACAUAGACUGACCAGGUGAAUCCAGGUAAAAGCUAUGACCCCUUAUUGAUGUCACAUGUUAAAUCCACUUCAAUCAGUGUAGACGAAGGGGAGAAAACAGGUUAAAGAAGGAUUUUUAAGCCUUGAGACAAUUGAUAUAUGGAUUGUGUACUGUAUGUGUGCCAUUCAGAGGGUUAAUGGGCAUGACAAAAGAUAAGUGCCUUUGAACGGGGUAUGGUAGUAGGUGCCACGCUCACCGGUUUGAGUGUGUCAAGAACUGCAACGCUGCUGUGUUUUUAACACUCAACAGUUUCCCAUGUGUAUCAAGAAUGGUCCACCACCCUAAGGACAUCCAGCCAACUUGACACAACUGUGGGAAGCAUUGGAGUCAACAUUGGCCAGCAUCCCUGUGGAACGCUUUCGACACCUUGUAAAGUCCAUGCCCGACGAAUUGAGGCUGUUCUGAGGACAAAAGUGGGUGCAACACAAUAUUAGGAAGGUGUUCCUAAUGUUUUGUACACUCAGUGUUUAAGGGCUGGACAUGCAGAUAAAUGAAAGUCAGAUAAAUGAGAAGCCGAUUUUUGCUGGAAUCUAGGGACUUAUAGGGUUAAAUGUAAUAGUUUAUAAAGUUUAGAAAAUUAUACAAUUGUUUUAGUGUUUCUAGGUUAUGGUAAAUAGUCAUGGACUCCAAUGAGUUCAAAACCUGAGCUUGACAGACAGUCUGGGACUAGAGGUGGUUAGUUGCUAUGAAAUGGAGCGAUCUGAUUUGUUGGUCAGCCAGUCAAUCAAGAAACCUAAAUUAUUUAGCAAAUGUCCAUUUGCAGGGGGCUACCUUGAAUGACAAUGGUUAUGGUCCAGGGUUGUUGACAAUUCCAGUCAAUAGCCACCCUAGAAGAUGAAUUGAAAAAGUUAAUUAUUUUCAAAGAGGAAUUAUCAGUUCGAAUUGAAUUUCAAUUCGUCUCCUGAAUUGAUUGCAACUGAAAUGGAAUUGAUCUAAACACAGCAGAGACACCCCCAUCCCACCACCCACCACUCUGCACACCAUGAAGCGACUAACAUAUUUUUCUUAGAUCUAUUUCUUGAGUAUUAACCGAGAUGAAGAGGCUAAGCAAGAUAAUUUACGCCGCCCAAAAUCUGUCCGCACGAGAUAAGCAGACCAAGUGGGUAUUUUUUGUAUGGAGGUCUGUGAGAGAGUGUCGAAUUACGUUAGGCUUAUUUGAUCUAAUGGAAGCUUCGUAAUGUUUAGGUUGUUACAAAUGUACUGAUAUAAGUGGACGCAUGUGGCAUUCCAGCAACUUUGAUAAAAACACGUUAGUUGUGCCUGUUAUUCACACGCGUAUCUGCCCUCUCAUGGACUAGAAUUAUCCACCUGAUCUCGCCUCCUACCGCCUGCCUUCCAUCUUUGAGGACAUAUAUUUCCAUUGUUAGAGCGGUCACUCGACUAUCUUUUCAAUAUAAUCAUCUUUGGUAUUACCAACCCUCUCGUAGGGUAUCAUUGCAGUAAAAUCAAAAGGCCGCAUUUGACUACUAUUAAAAUAUAUAGGAUGUGAUGGUCUAUUACUUUCAUAGGGGAAAAACUAACCAAAGAUAAUUCCUCUCCAUCAUUUCGAGAUUUAGAUUUCUCCAGUCUGGACUCUGGAGUGAAAUGUGUCUAUUGAUGGUGCAAUAUUUUCACAAGUCAUCCAAAAGGCAGAUAAUGCUUAUAGCGGAGCAUGUAAUAUAGUACGUUCCAGACCCUUACCCAGCAAAGAGGUAUUUGAUGCAUAGAGCAAAUAUGCCAUUAAAAAAGCCCUUUUAGAUGUUUCAUUUUAGGUGUAUUUGGGUUGUUGCUAGAUAAAUGGGAGGCAUGUGACUUAUCAGUCAGGUGAAAAGUGAGGGUCAGAAGAAUAGAGUUAACAUGAGGUGCAGAGAGUAAAAGACUCUAUCAAUUAUCUUCUUGUGUAGCAUCCCACAAAGGUAAAUGUUCAAUAAAAAAAUAAAAGAAUAAACUCCUCUUGCAUGAUUUUGUCCAAGCAGACAUUACAAAACACUUUGAAAACACUGGAUUUACAUUUGUCAGACUCAUAACUGACAUUGCUGCUUGAAUGUGUUUUGCGGUAAAGAUUAUCAUGGAAAAGUUCAGUUAUCCCUAAAUCUUCUUAUCUUGCAGGUAUCCUUCCAGCACUGCGAAACUACUUCUAACUACUUUAUGAACAAUGUCAAUUGAUAACACAUUAUAUUGUGAUGUACGGCACUGCAAUAUUACUUGACUUUCUUCAAAGAACAAAAAAACGGACCCAAUAUAGACAGAAAUAGGUCAUCUAUUGCAUAAUUUCGGUAAUAUUACAUAUUUUUAUAAAACAAUAUUUUUGUUCCAACUCUGGAGACGGACUAGUCCAGUGAAACAAUAACAAAGACAUCCGCCCGCCCCGUUUCAGUAAAAAGCUGAGGGAUGGGGUGGAGAAAUGUAACCACUCUCAAAUUCAUAGACAAAGCUAUGUAUGCAAGGACUGACCAUCCAUGAUAUAAAAAUAUAAUUUUAACCAUGUUUUGAGGCUAUGUUUGUUUAAAUUAACUUUGUUUACAUUGGAGUAAAGCAUAUAUUUUGGGUUCUGGUGGGGUAUGACAGUUUAAGUAAGCUCAUGAGGCAUUUAUAAGUUAUAUUCUUUAAGAAUCAAUGGGUAUAUAUAACACAUUUAUAAGUAUAGAAAUGGAUGUAGCAACUGCAUAUAUAUCGAUAUCCGGGAAACCGACAUUUAAGGUAUAAUGGCUGCUAUUUCCCCAGGUACGGGGAGCCAGAACUUUAGGAUUUCACUUGAGAGCUGAACAAAAUAAACCACAGCAAGCGAGUGGCAAACUGACCUAGUUUGAGGAUAAAUCUAUCAGACAGUGCAAAGUAUAAGACCGCUCUGUACUGUACAUAGUCUUCCCCUCUGCAGAGCUGUGGCCAUUCAGGGCUCUAGCCUCCAUUUGCACAGGCACCAUGUUUCCAUAAUUUAUAACCUCAAAGAGUGAAUGAGCAUUAAGGGCCUCUAUUUCUCAAAUCAAAUCAAAUCAAAUGUUAUUUGUCACAUACACGUGUUUAGCAGAUGUUAUUGCGGGUGUAGCAAAAUGCUUGUGCUUCUAGCUCUGACAGUGCAGUAAUAUCUAACGAGUAAUAUCUAACAAUUUCACAACAUAUACCCAAUACACACAAAUCUAGUAACAAAUGGAAUUUAAGAAUAUAUACAUAUAUGGACAAGCAAUGACAGAGCGGCAUGGACUAAGAUACAGUAGAAUAUUAUAGAAUAGAAUACAGUAUAUACAUAUGAGAUGAGUAGUGCAAGAUAUGUAAACAUUAUUGAAGUGACUAGUGUUCCAUUUCUUAAAGUGACCAGCGAUUUCAAUAGGCAGCAGCAGCCUCUAAUGUGCUAGUGAUGGCUAUUUAACAGUCUGAUGGCCUUGAGAUAGAAGCUGUUUUUCAUUCUCUCGAUCCCAGCUUUGAUGCACCUGUACUGACCUCGCCUUCUGGAUGAUAGUGGGGUGAACAGGCAGUGGCUCGGGUGGUUGAUGUCCUUGAUGAUCUUUUUGGCCUUCCUGUGACGUCGGGUGCUGUAGGUGUCUUGGAGGGCGGGUAGUUUGCCCCCAGUAAUGCGUUGUCUGUCAUGUAUUAAAGGUUCUGUGUUCCAAUGGCUUACUGCUAAGAAAUGGUUAAACAACAUGCGUUGGGAUUUCUAAGGUUUUGGGAGACCCCACCCUGAUAUUACAAUAUGUCCUCACAACUUUGUAUACAAAGAAAUAUAACUCUGCUUAUAAGAGCACAUUGGAUUGGAAGCAAGGGUUUAAUUGAACAAUACUCUCCCUCUAGCCUGUGUGUCAUAUGUGGAAAUUGGGGCAGAGCUUUGAUGUUCUUAAACAAGGUGCUUCUUCUCAAUCGUCCUGGGAGUGAGGCUUAUGUCUAACUCUGGAGCCUGUAUUUGCUAACCUGUCCAUCAGGUAUGAAAAUACAUGACAGCCUUUUGUUCUUGGUCGCUCCCCUGGUCUCAACUAAUUAAAAUCUUUAAAACAGUCCUUUUGUCCAUAUUUGCAAAAUUAAAUAUAUUGUUAUGGAUCACAGUAUAUGGUCAGUAACAAUAACGUUACCGAUUUUGACUAACCAGUAUAUCGGUAUCAAUGUACUGGAGUUGUAAUAACCAUAUAAUCAAUGUGUUUAAUUAUUAAAAUAAUAGGUACUACAUAUUGUAGUGAAACAAUACAGUCUAGCUAUGUUUCACACCUGCAUAUCUAAGGGUAUUUGUUGCUGUUGUAAAUUAACCCAUUCUUAAAUUCCAAUGUGGAAUCUGAAGAGUAAAAAUUGAUCAUUCUCUUGUGGGAUAAAUAAUGCUUGUUUGUCUGUCAUCCAAAGCCCCAUAGCUCCCUCUAAAGGACACAGUGGUACAAAACAAAAUUAAGAAAAAUACAUCUAAAAGGGCCUUGUGAGCUUAGUAGAACUGUUUUACCCUAUCAUGACAAGAUGAAGACACCCCAGAGUUGCUGCAGUGUGUCUGGGGCUGCUAUGUGUUCUCCUACUGGUUGGGAUCAUUGGUGUGUGUCUUCCAGAGAAACCAAUUGACCAGUUACAACAACCUGACUAAAGAGAGAGACCAGCUACAGAAGGAGACCGAAAUGCUGAACAAGAAGAUCACAGGGAGACACUGUCCCCAAGGGUGGAGGGAGUUUGAAAUCAGCUGUUAUUACAUCACCAAUAAGACUAAAGUCUGGAAUGAGAGCAGACAAAACUACAGAGAUCAUAAAUAGCGGGCAAAAACGUCUGGAUUUGUCUCACUAACUCAGUUACUGAAGGGAUCCGGAAAUGGGUGGACCGCACACCACUGAACACAGCAACUAAGGAACAGACCAGGAAUGUGGAGAGUUUGCAUAUGCUUCAUCAGGUCAAGGACAUUGGAAUGAUGAGAAAUGUUCCAUUAAACAAAAAGGGAUCUGUGAGAAAUUGGAUUAUCAUGGGUACACGCUCUACACUGCUGUUUAAUUAACAACAAUUUACUGCAGUGGGCUAAAUCAGGGUCACACAGAGUGUUUCUUGGUUGUCUUAAACAAAUGUAUUUUGAAACAAAAGUAUACAGUGGGGAAAAAAAGUAUUUAGUCAGCCACCAAUUGUGCAAGUUCUCCCACUUAAAAAGAUGAGAGAGGCCUGUAAUUUCCAUCAUAGGUAUACGUCAACUAUGACAGACAAAAUGAGAUUUUUUUUCUCCAGAAAAUCACAUUGUAGGAUUUUUAAUGAAUUUAUUAGCAAAUUAUGGUGGAAAAUAAGUAUUUGGUCAAUAACAAAAGUUUCUCAAUACUUUGUUAUAUACCCUUUGUUGGCAAUGACACAGGUCAAACGUUUUCUGUAAGUCUUCACAAGGUUUUCACACACUGUUGCUGGUAUUUUGGCCCAUUCCUCCAUGCAGAUCUCCUCUAGAGCAGUGAUGUUUUGGGGCUGUCGCUGGGCAACACGGACUUUCAACUCCCUCCAAAGAUUUUCUAUGGGGUUGAGAUCUGGAGACUGGCUAGGCCACUCCAGGACCUUAAAAUGCUUCUUACGAAGCCACUCCUUCGUUGCCCGAACGGUGUGUUUGGGAUCAUUGUCAUGCUGAAAGACCCAGCCACGUUUCAUCUUCAAUGCCCUUGCUGAUGGAAGGAGGUUUUCACUCAAAAUCUCACGAUACAUGGCCCCAUUCAUUCUUUCCUUUACACGGAUCAGUCGUCCUGGUCCCUUUGCAGAAAAACAGCCCCAAAGCAUGAUGUUUCCACCCCCAUGCUUCACAGUAGGUAUGGUGUUCUUUGGAUGCAACUCAGCAUUCUUUGUCCUCCAAACACGACGAAUUGAGUUUUUACCAAAAAGUUAUAUUUUGGUUUCAUCUGACCAUAUGACAUUCUCCCAAUCCUCUUCUGGAUCAUCCAAAUGCACUCUAGCAAACUUCAGACGGGCCUGGACAUGUACUGGCUUAAGCAGGGGGACACAUCUAGCACUGCAGGAUUUGAGUCCCUGGCGGCGUAGUGUAUUACUGAUGGUAGGCUUUGUUACUUUGGUCCCAGCUCUCUGCAGGUCAUUCACUAGGUCCCCCCGUGUGGUUCUGGGAUCUUUGCUCACCGUUCUUGUGAUCAUUUUGACCCCACGGGGUGAGAUCUUACGUGGAGCCCCAGAUCGAGGGAGAUUAUCAGUGGUCUUGUAUGUCUUCCAUUUCCUAAUAAUUGCUCCCACAGUUGAUUUCUUCAAACCAAGCUGCUUACCUAUUGCAGAUUCAGUCUUCCCAGCCUGGUGCAGGUCUACAAUUUUGUUUCUGGUGUCCUUUGACAGCUCUUUGGUCUUGGCCAUAGUGGAGUUUGGAGUGUGACUGUUUGAGGUUGUGGACAGGUAUCUUUUAUACUGAUAACAAGUUCAAACAGGUGCCAUUAAUACAGGUAACGAGUGGAGGACAGAGGAGCCUCUUAAAGAAGUUGUUACAGGUCUGUGAGAGCCAGAAAUCUUGCUUGUUUGUGGGUGACCAAAUACUUAUUUUCCACCAUAAUUUGCAAAUAAAUUCAUAAAAAAUCCUACAAUGUGAUUUUCUGGGAAAAAAAAUCUCAAUUUGUCUGUCAUAGUUGACGUGUACCUAUGAUGAAAAUUACAGGCCUCUCUCAUCUUUUUAAGUGGGAGAACUUGCACAAUUGGUGGCUGACUAAAUACUUUUUUUCCCCACUGUACACCUCACACACAUGGUUAUGGGCUUUAAAAAAAGAAGAUACCUGUAGCAUGUCAUUUGAAAUGUAUUCAAUUUUGAGUUUGCAUCCCAAUAUUACAUACAUCACAAAAUAUUGAAAUAUUUUUUUGGCAGGUUUAUUAUAAAAUUAUGAAAAAUAUUAAUAACGUUACACCCAUGAGGCCACUAGAGGGCGAUUUGGGCAUUUUUAUUGCAGGAAAGGGUUUUAAGGAGUACAGUGAAUGUCUGAAGACAGAUGUUUUUUGGUAAAAUAGUAUGCUGCAUAGACAGGUUAGCUGGCAAUGUCACGAAAACGAUGCACACGCUUCAAUAGUGCAGAAGUCUUGCUGUGAUUCUGGAUGGUCAGAUAGCUAGCAACAAUGACACGAAGUUGACAUGUGGGGAAUUGUACGUGGCUCGUUUCAUCUAAUUUUAUCUUGUUCUUGAUACCAUGUCUUGUUUUGACUGAUGUCACGUACAGUACAUUAUGGCAAAAAUUCGCUGGCUAACUGACCAACAACUGUAACGAUGUAUUUGAGAAACAAUAAGUGCUCAUUGUGCACAUUUAUUUAUAUUUUCAAUAAACAUUGGAAACAAAAUAUAUAAUGAACAAAAGUAUAAACGCAACAUGCAACAAUUUCUAAGAUUUUACUGAGUUACAGUUCAUAGGAAAUCAGUUAAUUGAAAAACAUUCAUUAGGCCCUAAUCUAUGGAUAUUUAUUUUUUUUGGGUCAUUUAGCAGACGCUCUUAUCCAGAGCGACUUACAGGAGCAAUUAGGGUUAAGUGCCUUGUUCAAGGGCACAUCGACAGAUUUUUCACCUAGUCGGCUCGGGGAUUAGAACCAGCAACCUUUCGAUUACUGGCACAACGCUCUUAACCACUAAGCUACCUGCCGGGAAUAUCGAUAUAGAUAUAAAUCUGUUGGUCACAGAAACCUUAAAAGAAAAGUAGGGGCGUGGAUCAGAAAAAACUGUCAGAAUCUGGUGUGACCACCAUUUGCCGAUUCAGAGCAUCCCAAACAUGCUCAAUGGGUGACAUGUCUGGUGAGUAUGUAGGACAUUUUCAGCUUCCAGGAUCCUUGCAACAUGGGGCUGUGCAUUAUCAUGCUGAAACAUGAGGUGAUGGUGGUGGAUGAACAGCACGACAAUGGGCCUCAGGAUCCAGUCACGGUAUCUCUGUGCAUUGAAAUUGCCAUCGAUAAAAUGCAAUUGUGUUUGUUGCCCGUAGCUUAUGCCUGUCCAUAUCAUAACCCCACCGCCACCAUGGGGCACUCUGUUCACAACGUUGACAUCAGCAAACCGCUCGCCCACACGACGCCAUACACGUGGUCUGCGGUUGUGAGGCCGGUUGGACGUACUGCCAAACUCUCUAAAACGACGCUGGAGGCGGCUUAUGGUAGAGAAAUGAACAUUCAAUUAUCUGGCAACAGCUCUGGUGGACAUUCCUGCAGAAAUCAGUGGCAUUGUAUUGUGUGACAAAACUGUACAAGGUGCACCUGUGUAAUGAUCAUACUGUUUAAUCAGCUUCUUGAUAUGCCACACCUGUCAGGUGGAUGGAUUGUCUUGGCAAAGAAAUGUCACUAACAGGGAUGUAAAAACAUUUUUGCACAUGGAACAUUUCUGGGAUCUUUCAUUUCAGCUCAUUAAACAUGAGACCAACACUACAUUUUGCGUUUAUAUUUUUGUUCAGUAUAGUUUACAUGUUGUCAACAAUCUAAGCCAACCCAGUCUGUUUUCCCCCAUAGUUGUGCAUGCGUCGUUUUGUUCCUAAACAACCAACCCGUCCAUUAGACAUAGGAGAAAGGUGCACACACACACACAGUUCAUAUUUCACACAAUGAGGUCUAUAUCAUUCAAUAAAUGACUUUAAGUUUGAGUUAUACAGUCAUUUUAAAUGACUGUAUGGGCUCUAUUUUAACAAACCUAACGCAAAUAAAGGUAAAUCGAAGGAGGUAGCGCUAUUGGUUCAGGGGUGUGUCAUUUUCCUAUUUUUUAUUUUUAUUUUUUUAUUCACUAUCACAAUUAUCGGUGCACUUGAAGCAUCGGCUGGGUUUUGAUGAAUAAACAAGUUGUGGCUGUGUUGAGGCUUGGCCCCUCACUGGCAAAUCAGAAUGUGCUCCAUGGCGAAAAACACUACAUGACCAAAAGUAUGUGGACACCUGCUCAUCAAACAUCUCAUUCCAAAAUCAUGGCCAUUAAUAUGGAGUUGGUCCCCCCUUUGCUGCUAUAACAGCCUCCACUCUUCGGGGAAGGCUUAACACUAGAUGUUGGAACAUUGCUGCGGGGACUUGCGUCCAUUCACACGCAAGCAUUAGUGAGGUCGGACACUGAUGUUGGGUGAUUAGUCCUGGCUCGCAGUCGGUGUUCCAAUUCAUCCCAAAGGUGUUCGAUGGGGUUGAGGUCAGGGCUCUGUGCAGGCCAGUCAAGUUCUUCCACACCGAUCUCGACAAACCAUUUCUGUAUGGACCUCGCUUUGUGCACGGGGGCAUUGUCAUGCUGAAACAGGAAAGGGCCUUCCCCAAACUGUUGCCACAAAGUUGGAAGCACAGAAUCGUCUAGAAUGUCAUUGUAUACUGUGGCGUUAAGAUUUCCCUUCCCUGGAACAUGGAAUCAACUCCAAUUCCAAUGUUAGUCCGUUAUAGUUUGUUAAAUGGCUUACAGAAAUGAAAUAACAUUUAGACCUAUCUUUGCUAAAUACGUUACCUUUAACCCAUUUGCAGUCCACAUUGUUUUAAGUAAUUGCAUGUCUUCAAUAGCAUUCACACUGAUAUAGGGGCUAGGCCUACUGUAAAUUGUAUUAUGGCAGAGCAUGGACAUGCCAAACAUUGUCAAUAAGCAAGAUUAUAUUUACUAUUGAUAAGGCCUAAAAAGAGAACAAAUAAUUAUAAUCAAAACGAAACAACAACUUGUUUGAAACAGGCUAUGUCACACUUACAGACAACAUAAUUUCUCCCCGUGGGCAUUUAAUAUUAUAACAACGCAGACUGUGGACGGUUUUACGCACAACCAAACGUUUCACAGUAGCUGGACAAAAAUCCAAUAUAAAUAGAAAGGGAGUAUGUCUACUCAAUGUUAUACCGCUUCCAAAAAGGCCUAUGUAUUACGAACAUAAUCGGAACCAUCUUAUAGUUCAGAUCCCAUUCACAUAUCUCCAGAAGUUGCAUUGGAAGCGCGCCACAGACGUUGUCACCAUAAUACCAGCAAGGUGAAUCACUCUAAUGAGUUUGGUUGUAAUAAAAUGUUACGAAAAGCAAGUGAUCAGGUUUUUUUUUUUUUUACAUCAACAUUGCUGUUGAACCAGCCUUCGUUAUAGGAGGCCUAAGGGAGGGCUUGGGUUUUGAACAUAUAAAACAGAAAACAAGCCAUUUCUACAGAUUACAGAUCACUUCUAAAUACAAGGCAAGGUUCUCAUCUCUCGUUUCAUGAUGGGCAUGGACACGUAGCCUACAUCAAGGAGGGGGUUUUACGCACAUCCAAAACAGGACCUGCAUGGCUAUAGUAAUGGGGGCCUGCCUAUAAUGCAUAGAUAAAAAGGGAAUGUUAGCUCUUUCAGGACACACCUCAAAAAGGUCCUUUACGCCCAUCUGAGCGCAAGUGAGCUGAUAUAAGACAGGUAAAUUGCCUAACCUGGCGUUAGGGUUGGAAAAUGCCUGUGCGCCAGUUUUUACAUGACGAAAUUGCAAACAAACGUGCGUUUGACACAAGCGCCUCCAUAACACCAGCCGAAAAUAGAUCCCUAAAUGUUAAUAUGGUCUAAUGUUUUCGUUUGUUUUGCUUCCAUUAUGCUGUACAUAAUUAAUGUGUACUUUCUGAUUAUUCAAUAAAUCAUUGAACCUAGAACAUUAUUAGACGUUUUAUUAGAGUGUAAAAAUACAAUACAAAUGUAAAAACAAACAUAAAGCCUUACACUGUUGCUUUAAAUAUUAAAAAUGGUGAUGACAUUUCCCAAUUCCUGGAUGUGACAGAGCUGUACACUCCUGAAGGAAUUUGGUUAAAGGAAGAUUAAAUGUCUGUUUGGGAAGUUUUUGUUAGAAAUACCAGACAUUCAUGACCAGUCUCACUUUCAGAAUCACUCACAUACCAUGACUCCAGUGAAAUUAUGACACAACUGCCUCUGACUUAAUACAGCUGGUGGCCACACCAGAUACUGACUGUUACUUUUGAUUAUGACCCCCCCUUUGUUCAGGGACACAUUAUCCAAUGUCUGUUAGUCACAUGUCUGUGGAACUUCAGUUUAUGUCUCAGUUGUUGAAUCUUGUUAUGUUCAUACAAAUAUUUACACAUGUUAGGUUUGCUGAAAAUAUACACAGUUGACAGUGAGAGGACGUUUCUUUUUUUGCUGAGUUUAGUUCUCCUGUGUCAGAUCCUGGACAUCCCAAGGGGGUUCCUUCAGCUCCUUUACCAACUCCAGGUUGGAGACGUCACGCUUCGACUACCUCUCCAGAUAACUGGCAUACUCCCCGUUAACCUCAUCUAACCUCUUCAGAUACAAAGCCAGUUUUUCUGGGGGCUCGACCAAGACGACCACAAACUCCUGUUGCUCCGCAACUAUGGGAGCCCUGUAGUCCACGGGGACCACCCGGAGCUUGAGAGGCCUCCACAGUUUCUCGGUGAUGUAGUCAUCACAAAUGGCAUUCUCAAAGGCCAGGAUCUGGUAGAAGGCCUGCUCCUCCAUGGCGGUCAAGUCCCUCAGAUGUGGAGGCAGGUCUUUGUUGUGGAGGCAUUGUCCAAAGGAAUCAACCUGGAUGUGCUUCAUUAACUCGCUCACAUAGGCGUCCCGAGGGUCGCAGACUCGCAGUCUGACUGGACAUACACCACAGGGGCUAGUGUCUUCCUCAGCUUGUUGUUCUGGGUGAGGGGCACCAGGUGGGUCUGAGAGGUGAGGUCCUCCAGGCUUUCUAGUUACUGGGAGGUGAGGGGCAGGUAGGAGUGAUGGCUGAAGGUGACCGUGUGGUUAAAGAGAGACUCAUGGAAGAGCUUGUAGUUGUUUUUGGGCGACUCCUCAUGAAACAAGGCCCACUGGUGGUGCGGUCUCCUCGGCAGUGAAAGACCCUCGAUGUUGAAGUCGGUGCCUGGUUUGAUUCAAAAGGGUUGGAAAGGGGGGAGGGGAGGGGGAUAGUAUAAAUGUAAUGUCUUUAAUGUGAAGGGUCAGCACAUUUAAGGCAAUGCUGACCGUGUUGCCUACUAAAAAAGUAAUAAGUAUAGUAGAUUAACAUAAAAUAUGCACCAAUUUAAAGUCUUAUCUGAGAAUACUUUGAGCCAACUCUGGGAUAAGAAGUAAGAUGAAUUAACUGUUUUAUGUCUUUCUGCCUUGCAGUGAUUAUGUUAGGACAGACAUUUUCAAAUAAAUGUGUCUUGGAGAUUCUCUUAAAUCGGGUGCAUAUACACACAGUAUAUUCUAUGAGAAAUGUAAGUUAACUAUGUAUAUUAUGCUGCCUGAACUGAUGUUGUAUCCUUUAUAUCUAUGCUAAUGCUAUUGCUCCUUUUAUGUUUAUCCUGGCAGUCUCCUAAAUUGGAUGUUAAGCCUAUUCCCCAUUGUGACCUGGCACUACUUUGUCAUGUCUGCACCUUUGUUGUGUUCUUAAUAUUACCCUUUUGUAUCUCCCUUCCAGACCACCACAUUCUUGUUAUCCACAUCCCAUCUCCAAGGCCUUAUAAUUCUCAAUUCCUAACACAUCCUACCUACCUACAGGCUUUACAAGCCCCGACUCCUAACCUCAUCCAAACCCUCCCCCCAUGUGCUCUCUUUGUUCCAUUGUUCAAUUGUGUAAUAAAUGCCCCUAAACCUGGAUUCCUGCUCCAUUUCCUUAUUUGCAUUCUGAUCGAUGCACCAUGGUGGAAGCAACAGUCCUGAACCUAGCUUAGAGUCUGUCCUAGCCCUAGUCUUUUUCUUCAACUAUAACCCCCAUGAUAUGCUGUAAGUGGCCAGCUCCCAGUGUGCAGCUGGUGCUGUCAGUGGGGAAGUGCACUAGAUUGGCUGUGUGUUAUUAGUGGGAGGGAGGGCUGUCAAUUACAGGUCUCAUUCUGUAUAAAUCCAUUGGCCAGCUACUUUGUGUGUAAUUCCCUUGGCUGGGAUGUGGGCUCAUGUGAACUCCAGGUCUAAGCUCCGGGCCAGGAGUAAUCAACAGGCUAGACUGACAGUGUCCUUGGAUUGAUAGGGAGGGGUCAUAGACUGAGGUUGGGUGGUACCUGGCUCCAGGGUGAAGUUUCCCCUAGGUACAGAUUUAAGAUCAGCUUCCCAUCCCCCAAUCCUAACUAUUAGUGGGGGAAAAUGGAGUACCUGUGUAUGACCUUUAGCUAAGCAAACAACAUUUUGCUCUUUUCACUGGGGGGCUGGUUUCCAGGACCCAAAUUAAGCCUAAUCCUAGACUAAAAAUCGCAUUCAAUGGAGAUCGAGCAUGCUUUUUAGUCCAUGACUAGGUUUAAUCUGGGUCCUGGAAACAGACCCAUUGAGUGCUGUUACGUUAAAAAUUAAAGUUUACUAUAGAAAAUAUGAGUUACUUGACAUAUCGAAGGUAAAGGGGCAUUGAAACUGAAAAAUAUUGGGUCAAUAAAGACAAUGGUUUCCUUAAGAACUGCCAUAAUCCUUGGUAAUGUAUCUUGUCAUGCUAGGAUACUGAGGCCCGGGCAGAGGUAAGGGGAAACUAAUAAUAAAAGCAUGGAAAGGCAGGAAUAUGAAGUUUGCUACGGAUGAGGGGCCUCCUUUGAUCUCCGACACCACAUGUUGCAGGCUAACCUGAUGCUGUAGGGGGGAAGGGGGUGUGCAGUGUGUGUGUGUGUACUGUUCUAAAGAAACACCACAGGUGUAAUUUACCAUGUACUGCUUCCAUUUUCUAAAUAAUCUUAAUCAAAUAAAUGUUCAUAUCAGACGUUGAUGUGCUUGUUGUAGGGGAUAGAUGUCAUGAAAAGUGGUGUAUUCCAGCAUGUAUGACACAGCUCUACAGUAGUCGGGCUUUAGUUAAUGGGCACGUUCCAGGUCGUCUUGGUUGCAGUCGCACUGUUGAAGGUAACAUCUCAGAAACUAUGGUAAACAUGAUAUAACAAUCUGCAAAAAAUACCACCUAGAACACCACCAAUACUUUAGGGCAGAAGGACACCCACCUCCUCAUAUUUGCAGUCAGCUUCCUCAGCGAUGUGUUUGGCCUCCUUCAGCUGCAUCUCCAUCUUCUCCUCGUCUUUUGUCGUCCCUGUUCUCUAUGACCUUCAUUCCUCUGGGGGACACCACAGGCAACAGGACAGAGACGAGUCAUGGGUGUUGGGGGAAAACAGACUUACAGUAUGAUGUGCACGUUCAUAUCAAAUACUUUCUGACCAGUCUACUCUGUUAUGCUACUAUGCUAAUGGUAACUGAUGUGAAAGUAAUGCUGAAAAACUAUUGGGACUUGUUGAAUGUCUUAAAUAGUUACCUUUUCUUCCCUCCUUCCUUCCACAACUACUAGUCUGAAAGAACUGGGGAAUGUAAGUGAAAGUGUAAAAUUCCAUCCAGUCCUUUCACCUGAUCAGUUGUGCCAAAGAAAAGGAGACUAGGAUGGGACACUAAUAGGCUACAACUUUUGGAACUCAGCACUUAGGACUCAUUUCCCAUGACCUAGAGCAGAAUAGCUGGACUAUAACAGGAGACGGAAGUCCAACCUCUCACUCUCGUCUGCAGCCUUCUCGGCCUCCUCCAGCUUCUGCAGCGCAGUGGCCAGUCUCUCCUGGACCCUAUCCAACUCCUCCUCUACAAGCUGGAUACGCCUAUUCAGGGAAGCCACCUCAGCCUCUGCCUGUUUGGAGAGAGAACACUCAGUCAGCUAGAA